UGUCCCCUGGGUGUGAGAGAACUCGCCUUGCUACUCGCUGUCUGCCUCUGAUCAAAAGUAACAACUAAUCAAAUCAGGAAGAAAUCAUUUAAAAAACCUAAUCAGUGGUAGGAACUGAUUAGGGACAGUUUUAAAACAUCUAAUUCAUAAAAACAAUAAAAAUGUAUUUAAAGUAAAUGCCAAUUAAGAUAAAUGAUUUAAAAUGAUGUACAUUAAAAAACAAUCCAUGAUAAGGGAAGCUGUUAUAACAAACACAUACUUGGAAUAUCAGAUGCUACGUGGCCUGAAGAAGACAGCUGAUUGGAGAACGGUGUAAACAAAGAUCCACAGUAAAAUCUAACAGGAGGCUCGGUCUAAUGCAUUUGCCAGAUCCUUUGCUGCCGGAGAGGUGAGUGCACAUUUUUUUACUGAGAACAAAACAGCUUUGUUUCUAAUGUACGUGAGUCAUGUGUGACUUAAAUAUGAGAGCUUUAAUAUGUUGAAAGGCUGCAUUGCUAUUUUUCUCCUUUUUUGUAAUUUUUUUAUUCAUUUCGGAAACAAAAAUUAUUUCUACUUAGUCUCACCUAAAAUGUGAUAUGAUGCCAAUAAACUAAGCACAUUAGUGAUUGAAAUAUUUGAAAUGGUUUGACUUUAAAUUCCUUGUCUUUUACCCAGUGCAGUUUAUAGAUUCCCAACCAUCACUGUCAACUAACGUUUGUUAAAUUCUCUAAGAAAAUGUAAAAAAGAAAAUAAGCAAAUAAAAUUAUUAAAAUGAUUUACUAUAUGUACUAAACAAACCUAGGGUUUUUCUAGAAUUUUAUAGCAUUUCUAACUAGGUGCAGGAUGCAAGGAGUUUACAAAGUUGAGAAAGAGGAAGGGAGUCUUGAUGGUGUGAACUGGAUUCGCCCUGAUCAGCCCAGCAGAUGUACCUGGGAGUUGGGCUUGACGAUGUCAGAGUCCCCACAUGAUCACCGAAAAAACCUCCAGGCUCCCAGCAUUCUACCCAACAUCCUUAGUAAAAUUGGACUCACGCCUCUGGUUUGUUUGAACAAAAUUCCAAAGGAAUAUGGCCUCAAGUGUGAAAUUUUGGCCAAGUGCGAGUUCUUCAACGCAGGAGGCAGUGUAAAAGACAGGAUUGCUGUUCGGAUGGUUGCGGAAGCAGAGAGAGCUGGGAUCCUCCAACCUGGGAACACCAUCAUCGAACCCACCUCUGGAAACACAGGUAUUGGCCUUGCCCUCACAGCUGCGGUCAAAGGCUAUCGCUGUAUUAUCACCAUGCCGGAGAAGAUGAGCAUGGAAAAGGUGUCUGUGCUACAAGCUCUCGGAGCAGAAAUUGUGCGUACACCUUCAUGUGCAGCUUUUGAUUCACCAGAAUCCCACGUGCGCAUGGCUUGGCGUCUAAAGAACCAGAUCCCCAACUCCGUUAUCCUCGACCAGUAUCGAAAUCCUUACAAUCCUCUGGCUCAUUACGAUACCACGGCUGAGGAAAUCUUAGAUCAGUGCCAUGGCAAACUGGACAUGUUUGUGGCCGGAGCUGGCACAGGUGGGACCCUUACUGGUGUUGCACGGAAGCUGAAGGAGCGAUGCCCUAAUAUUAAGAUUGUUGGCGUGGACCCUGAGGGCUCUGUCCUGGUCGAAUCAAAAGAAAAAAAAGAAAAAACAAAAGUUGCGUUUGAAGUAGAAGGCAUUGGAUACGACUUCCUCCCUACAGUCUUGGACAGAUCUCUCAUCGAUGUGUGGUACAAGUCGACUGAUGUGGAGACGUUCACCAUGUCACGUAAACUGAUCAGAGACGAGGGACUCCUGUGUGGUGGGAGCUCUGGCUCAGUGAUGGCAGCAGCAGUGAAGGUGGCUCAGCAGCUUGAGGAGGGACAGCGCUGCGUUAUCAUUCUGGCCGAUUCAGUCAGAAAUUACAUGUCCAAGUUCUUGUCUGACGACUGGAUGCAAGAGAAAGGCCUUCUCCACCCUGAGCCUCAGAUGGACUUCAAACCCUGGUGGUGGAGUCUGACCGUCCAGAGUUUACCUCUGUCUACACCUGUCACUGUCUCACCGUCACUCUCCUGCCAGACAACUAUUCAGAUCCUGAAGGAGAAAGAAGUAAACCAGGCUGUGGUCAUCGAUCAGUCAGGGAUAUUCAUGGGAAUGGUAACAGUUGGAACCAUUCUGUCCUCUCUAUCUACUGGAGCGAUCAAACCCUCAGACACUGUGGACAGAGUUGUCUGUAAAAUUUACAAACAGGUGCAGCUGAAAGACAGCCUGGUAAAGUUAUCCACUAUCCUGAGAGCAGACGGCUUUGCUGUGGUUCACACUGAGGGUAAGUUUUAGGUACAAUAAUAUGUUUGUGGGAUUGAUUGUUAAUUUCAUGGACACAAUUAUUUUAAAUAAAAGCAGGCAAUAUGUGUUCUGACCAGGGAUAGUACUACAGAAUAUAUAUUAUACAACUGUAGUAUCAGAACUAAAAAAAACACACGUAGUUCUUGAAUAAAGGGCAGCUUUGGAAUUCAUCCAAGUAAAAAAAAAAGAAAAGUCUUGCAGUUCUAUAUGAGCAAAUUUGGAAGUUUAUUUUGGGAUCCAGUUGUGAGCUGGAUUGGACAAAUUCUGUAGAACAGAUUUGGCCCAUGGGCCGCCAGUUAAUAAUCACUGGUCUAGAAGUAGCAUUAGGAGGUGAUUUGAAUGAAAGUAGUCUGAUCUGCUGUGGGGACAUCUGAAAAAGACAGUAAAACAUUAGAACUGUUCCAGUGUUCUGCACUUAAAUGUCAUCUAGUUAGAAACAAAUGUUUAUUUUUUCUUCAUCUUUUAUCAUUAUCAUGCUUCGAGUUGAAAUAUGCACUGACAACAUUCCUUGGUGACGUCACCUGUCCUGCCAUUAAUGGCAUUGUACAGUUUUACUGUUCAAUGCACUCAUUCCAGAUGAGUGUGAUGGAUCACCGCAACAGGAGCAGAGACUAACUGGUGUUGUGACGACCAUCGACCUCCUCAACUACAUCAGCACACCUGAAAAUGAGAUAAAGUGAACACUAAUAUGCCCCAGGUCUCCUCUAUCCUUAAUUUAAUACUCCUGUAGAACACCUGUUAUGUUUUUAUGUAGGGAAUGUAAAAUGUCCAGCACACAUAUAUUCUUACUAUGAUGUCACAGAAGUUAAAACAUUAAAAAUGACUCCUUGUUCUGGAAAGGGAGCCUCUGACAACACUACUCUUAUAUAUAGUGUGUUGACACAAAGGCUGCUCAUUGUUUCUUUGUUUUUUUUCUCUGGAGACUUAGUUUCAUGCCUGUCAUGAAAAUAUUUUGGUUGAAUUUGAUGUUUAAAACAGUGUCAACAUUUAAAAUAAACACGUUAAGGGUCCGUAAUUCCAAGGUUUACCAGAUGAGGGCAGAAAAGGUACAUUGUAUUGAAACCGGCAGCUUGAACCUUUAAGUACAAACCACAGUUCCAUGUGAAUUGAUAAAUUGUAUAUAAAGUAAGCAAUCUCUAGACAGAAUUUAACACUUGGCGAUAUUACAAUAACGUCUUGCACAUUUCGAACAAAGUGUUUUAAUUUAGUUUUAAUUUAUAUAUUUAUAUUAUUAUAUACAUUAUUUUGUAAUACCAUACCAUGUUUUUUUCCCGCAUACUAUCUCCCCUUGUUAUCUGUUUGUUUAGUUUCAAUAACGUUUAUAUUAGCAAAGGGUUGUCUCUAUUUGUUGUAAUUGUGUGCAUACAUUUUCUAAACAAUGGUGAGUUUCAUUGGGGAAUUUAAUAGCAAAUCUUUUGUCUUUAGAUGCUCUGUCGAAUUAUGUUAUAUUUUAACAGAAGUGAAACCGGUAAUCAGAAUAAAUACACACUCAGUUAAAGAUUGACAGAAACGACCGAGGUCAAACUUUGAAGAUUUCACAUAAAGGUGGAUGGCAGUGUGACAGUAAGAUGAGUGUAAAAAGAAUAUACAGGAACAACAAAUGGCAUUAAGGUCAAUAACUAAAGACACAUGAAUGGCUGACUUCUCUUUGUUGUUGGAUCACUGUGAUGGUGACAUUUACCUCUGAGGGGUUUAAAAAAUGGUGACCUUUCAGUUUGACACUUGAUGUCACAAAGAAGACGUCAGUGUGACAGAACAGAUAAAGCUUGUCGGUCAAAAGUAGCAGUGAACAAUGUAAAGAAGAAAAACAAAACACACAAAAAUGUCUCUGCAAACUGCAUUUUUUUUUCAUCGCCAUCUAAUAGAAUGAAAACUGAAACAAAAUGACAGUCUUGUGAAAAUAAUACUAUAACAAAUGAGGUGAAAUAUGCAGAAAAUAUUCAUGAAUGAACAACAUUUAGAUAAUUAAUUUUUCCUUAUGGGAGGUCAUAGAAAUGCAGUGUAAGUGCCCUGGCCUAGCUCUUUUUAAAAAAAUUCUCUUAGUCAAGACCUAGUCAACACUGUUUAUACCAAAUACCCCAAAGCUGAUAAAUACAUUGAACAGGACUUCCUUCUAUUUACGUAAACCCCCUAGAGGAAACACACUGCAAUACCUCUGACCUUUAGAAUGAUUCUUUGGAGACGGGGCUGCACACUGUUUAUCUAAUUUAUCCCGUGUCAGACAUUGUUGAAUGAGCUGGAAAUGACAGGAAAGGUACACACUGUAGUUAGUGCUACCUUGAUUGGUUAUGCUUAACUUUGAGACCCCUUUUGUUGUAUAUUUCCGUCAAUGUUGUGAUUAAAAUGUAUAAUCAAGCGUUCCAUUGCUGAGGGAGAGGAUUCACCCACCAUAAAAUAAAAAUAAUUAUAAUUUUUCUUUUUAUUCUUUGGUUAAUUAUUUUUUAAUUUCCUGAGUAUUCUUCCUUUAAUCUGGUUUGCUUUGGCUAUUACAUUACAAAACAUUUAGCAGACUCUUUAUCCAAAAAGACUUACGAUAUGUAUGAGAAACUUAGCAAUUUAACUAAAGCGAUUAAAAAGAAAUAUCUUUCAAUGCAGUUCCCUUGGUAACAAGCAAACCCUUGCCCUUUUAGACCGCUGGCAAUAAUAUGGACCGCACCAUUUUCUGUCUGCUAGUUGGGGGUGCGUUGAGAUUUCAGUAAACGUCUAUGUGUUUUGCGACGACGAAAUUGUAAUACACUUGUAUUGAAACACAUUUCUAAACGUAUCUUGAUAUAUUAAAGGGAUAUAUAUGUUCUAAUAUUUAAAUUUAAGCUCUAAAAUUAUUCUCAGCUCAUCCCGGAAAGACCCCCACACGUCACAUUGACGCUGGUACAGUAAGCUGUCAGAAGCUUGUUGCUUAAAUCUGUGCUGUACUGCAAAAGUAAAGAAGAAACGCUGUCUGGGACGUUGACAAGAUACCAAGGUGAUAUAUUUGAUUUAACCCCAACAAAAACGGUUAGCUGAAAAUAAGAAUUAUUUAGAGGUUUUCGAGAACACUUGGUUUUGAUGAGUUCGGCGGCGCUGCAGUGUCGUCUGCCUCUGGCUGCUGCGUGAUCGCUGUCUCCUCCAGCAUGAUGAGGUCACAAUCAGAAAGUGCCUUAGAGAAGAUGUCGUCCACCUGAAGUUGGUCUUUUAUGCCUCUGUCUGUGAGAUACCAGCACAGGGUACUUUACCGUCUGACAGCACUUCACCAUUAUUUUGCACAACCUUAGCACUUCAGAGAAGGCUUAAACUGGACUUUAUUGUCAGAGUGGAUGAAGAUUACAUUUUUGUCACAGGUGCAAUACCUUUAAGGGCCAAUUUUCCCAGCUUUACACCGAGAUGUUUUUCAUUGGUGGGUGAUUUGCCAGCUAUAGGAUUCUUCUGCUUCAGCUAACGGACUGCUCACAAAGUUCUUUUGGAAGUUAAGAUCUCACACAAAGUCCUUAAGCAACGCUUCUGGUGUACAAAGCAUUUAAAAAAGAGAUUUUUGAAUUUUAAUAUUUAAUGCACAGUUGAAACAAUCAAACA